AUGAUAACUGAGUGGAUCAUAUCCUCACAUAAAUAUAUGUACAAUGAGGAUCUUGAUAGAAAAGAUGCAGAUCUGACAUUCCAAUCAAUCGUUGCCCUAUUUGGAGUGGGUGGAGCAGUUGGUGGGCUGUCAUCAGGAGUGCUGGCUGAUGCAGCGGGCAGAAGAGGAUGCUUGCUCUACACGAAUAUUAUUGCAUUUCUUGCUGCUGCUUUUAUGGGAACAGCGAAAUACGC